GUUUCAUAUGAAAAGAUAAUUGCCUUGUAGUGGGCCUUUGAAGAACCUUUGUACUUCCCCUAUGAAUACAGAGGUGAUAAUUGACCAGUAAUAGAGCUAUUAAUGGACUUAAGAUUACCUUGGACUUAAGAUGGUUGAGAGGAUAAAUUUCAGUCUUACUUCAGAAGGAGACAGAACAACCUGAGAGUUACCAGAACCAGGAUUUCAUGAUUAGAAGAUAACAUGGAUGCAUCGAAGUUCUCCAACUUCACUAUCGAUUACAUUCUGGGGGAAAGGACGCGACCUCAAACACAUGCAGAACUUUCAUCAGCAUCGCAGACCUUUCAGGAAGAUUUAAGUAGCGUGAGCCUGCCUUCAGCGAGUGGUUUUUACGCUCAGGCUAGCGGGGUAGCACAGAUGGGUUUCCCUGCGUCCUGCCCUGGCAUCUACGACACAGCAGCUUGUUAUAACACUUUCCACUGCUGUGGACCGGUCACUUACUAUCAGACCAACUUUAACAUGGGUUACUGCGGCGGGGAGCACUGGUUUCAUGCCCAGCCAGAUUACGAAAGAGAGGAAUGUCAUCAAAGUCCUCAGCAUAGGCAACGAAACCGCAUUAGGACAGUGUUCACCGAGAGUCAAGUGAAGCAGCUCGAUCAGCUCUUUAACAUCACCGACUAUCCAACUGCGGAAGUGCGCGCACAGCUGGCGAGAAGCACGGGCCUCAGUGAAGAGACAGUCCGGGUAUGGUUCAAAAAUCGCCGGGCUCGACGCAAGAGGCAGAAAACCACAAGUGACUCACCAGAUCCUUAA